AUGUUAUUGACCACCGUCCUCCUGGCCCUUACAGGCCUGGGCAGCGCCGCUUCACUGCAGCGUGUCAACAACUUUGGAGCCAACCCGGCCAACGUCAAGAUGUUUAUCUAUGUGCCGGAUCGAGUGGCCACCAACCCGGCAAUUGUCGUCGCUGUCCACCAUUGCCAAGGCACCGCCAAUUCCUUUUACGGUAGCACCCCUUACGCCCGUCUGGCCGAUCAAAAAGGCUUCAUUGUCAUCUAUCCAGAGUCGCCAUACCAAGGAACCUGCUUUGAUGUUUCGUCACGCAAGACUUUGAUUCACGAUGGGGGUGGUGAUUCAAACAGCAUCGCCAACAUGGUCAAAUACGCCAUUACUCAGUACAAGGCGGAUGCGAAAAAGGUGCACCUGGUUGGGGCUAGUAGCGGAGCCAUGAUGGCUAACGUCAUGGCUGCAACCUAUCCCGAGCUAUUCCAAACCGUUAUUGCACACUCUGGAGUCCCUGCCGGUUGUUUCAUGUCGGCCUCUGGCCAGGUCAACGGGUGGAACAGCAGCUGCGCCAACGGCCAAGUCCGACCUUCUCAGGCCGUCUGGACCAAGAUGGCAAAGGACAUGUAUCCUGGCUAUAACGGCGCGAGGCCGAGGAUGAUGAUCAUGCACGGUGGAACCGACACGACCCUUCAUUGGAACAACUAUGAGGAGGCCCUCAAGCAGUGGCGAGGUGUAUUGGGGGUAUCGGAUUCUGCCACCAGGACGAUACAGAAUUCGCCAGAGAGCGGGUACACGACUACGUUUUAUGGAGGGGAUGCGCAACUGACGGCCAAGGUGAAGGGGGUGUGGAAUCCCAAGUAUGGUCAUGACAUUCCAAUUAUUGGGGGCGAUGAUAUGGCUUUUAUGGGGUUGUAG